AUGGAACAGCGCACUGAUUCAAAAUUUGAAGAGAAGGAUAGAAGGCGACACUACAAGAUAAAUUUCUCCUAUCCACGAACGACUGAGUACGAUCAGGAUCUUCUAUUCAACAACACAGGAGAUAACGCACCGAAAUUGUUUCAGCUAGACGAAACGGACAUUUGGCCAUCCGAGGCAUCGGCAUAUCAUGAGUAUCACUACGGCACGCCAGAGAUUGAACUUUGGGAUAGCCUUUGGGCAACAGGCGGAGAUAGAACAAUCAUGGAAAGUCCUGGGCCACGGUUCUCAUCUCUACUGUCUGUAUCCAAAUGGCCAGUACCCCCCAACGCCCGGGGUAUGCACGGAAAUCCAGAGAUACUGAGGACGAGAUUGACCACGACCAACCACGCUGAUCAGAACUACAUUGAAUCAAUGCAAGCCCCGGUUGGCAUGAUAGGCCCUCAACUUGUCCCUUCCUCUUUUCCCCAAGAACCUCAUUAUCAGCCACGCGGGAAGAGGAAGUCAUUUGUCAAUAUGUUCCCAAGACCACCAGCUCAGUUCAAUGACAUGUCAGAGUCAAACCACAAGGCAAAAGGACCAAAGCUACGGAAAAAGCCACCACAUCUUACCUCUGUUCCAGGCCCCCGGGUAUCAACGUCAACCUCCAGUUUCAGAGAAUGGUUGCACCACAGACAUUCGCCGUUACGAAAUAUCUCAAUCGCCUUGAGCGAGCCCAAGUCCGCCCCUCCACAGAUGGAGCACUUUUCGUCAGCCUUUGAUUCAGACUCGGACACUGAAGAUGGCAAGCGCCGUAAAUCAAAAAGUCGAAGACGCCACAGUCUACAUCACAAAAGAAGCUUCAAAGCAUCCGAUGUUGAACGAAUGGUUUUGAGCGUCAAUGCAAAAGAGAAUGGUAGUUCUCAGCAAAGUAACAGUUCAAAUGGUAUCAAGGAAGGCCCAUUUCGUCGGACGUGGUCGAGAUUUAUUCCAAAAGUCUUUACAAGCAAGUCUCAACGAUCAUAG